UGCUUGUAUGCGUCACUGUGAAUGGCUUUUGCUUCUGGGAAGCACAGUUGAUAAAAGAUUUACAAGAGAAGACCAAGCAUCAUGCAGGCAGCAAGGUGGAAGUGCAUUUUGAUGUCAGUUUCUAUUUGGUCACUGCAGCGGGUGCUGUGUCAGUCAUAGCAGUGGCGUGUAACUUGCUGCAGAGAUACCCGCCAAUCCAUGACUCCCGUCGUAGUAGUGAUAGACACAGAUUAAUGGAAGACUUUGAUGGGAUGGAGGUUAUCCCUCCCUUGGGUGCUGAGCUUAUUCCUCCAGUGACAAAUGUACCCCCUCCUCCACCUUAUGCUCCAUGA